AUGUUCCCGAGGACUUCCGCUACCGAAGAGACUCGAAGCGAAAGCGCCGGCAGCCACUCACGAGGAGGUUCUGGUUCUGUUGUGCAUGUGAUUUACACCGAUCAUUCACUACGAGAAUCACAAUCAUCACAUCAGGGUGAUAUAUCGGAACCAGAAGAUGAUGUCUUGUUUACCGAUCCAUUCGAGACCGUUGAUCAAGAGGAAACGAAAGUUUUGCCAGAUAUAGGAGUGACCGUGGACGAAGCCGAAGAGGAAAAAGCAGUCCGUCGUUCCUUCAGCGAAAUCGUCCAAGAUGGCGUAGCUGCGCUGACUCGUGAGCAGCUUCGAUCAUCUAGAAGUUCAAGCUGCGUUCCGAAUGUGUGCUUGCGAGCCCACGCCCAUCUGAAUGCGUACGAGUUGUGCGAGAGGCACAGCUUCACGGAUAGCAGAGAUCUGUUAUGUAAUGUUGACUUCCUGUGUAGACUGAAUUUUGCUGCCAAUCGCAUGACGGAGGACAUAGCGGACGAAGCCGGAAGAGAGUUGAGGAUACAUUACAGGGCUCAGGCAAAUCCACGCGCUCGCUACUUCGCCGGCACAGCUCUAUCCCGUCAAUCGACCUAUUCGAGCAUGGAUGAUGAGCAGGCAGCAGGGUGA